AAAAACCAAAAAGUGUAUCAAUUGCCCCACUCUCCCCUACGAUUCACAUUUUUUCAAAUUUAAUGCACAUUUUUUGAACAAAUAACCCCGAAAUUCCUGGGCUACAAAGAGAAAGAUAUUUUCGAAGAAACGACGCAGGUAUAUUAUUCAUAAAAGUACAAACAUACAGGAACGAAAAGAGGCAGGAUGAAACUGAUAUACAUCAAAAUUCUUUAGUUCUAAGAGAUUCUGAGCAAUUUGAAAAUAAUCUGGUCUUUUCACAAUUAGGAAAAACUGGACUAUGUUUUCGAAUAAUACAGUUCGAUAAAUCUCACAAGUAAAGACAAAUUUUCCGCAAUGAAAAGCAAUAUUUAAAAUCAUACCAAAUUUUGACUGGUUGAGAUAAUGAGGCCCAAAAUUCAUCUUUCUUUUACACUGUAAAACAGAUACAAUUGUUCCGGGGUCGAUCAUUUACUGUUUUCUAAUUAUAUCAAUUUAAAUCAAGUUAUUAUUUUCAAUUUCACAAAUUCAAUUUUUGAUGAAUCAGCGAUGUUCAAAAACAGAAUUUCAGCAUGUAAAAUAUAAUGUUACCCUUUUUUAAAAAUUUCCGUUAAAUUUUUCUAUCACCUAACGGACUUUAAUCGCAUUUCAAUAUAUAUCUACUAUUCACGCAAAAAAUUUCGUUAUUUUCAAUUUCCCAAACUAUUUAGGAUAAAUUUAUAAAACUUUGCACAAAUGUGCGCACGAUAAACAUCUUUGACUAUGAAUUUUUUUCAAUCAAACUCUUUCACACAAUUCUUCUAAAUUAGGAAUUGCAAACAUGCCCUCCUGCCAACUAGCCCCACUCUCCCCUAUUCUAUUACUCUGGUAAAACUGUGGGAAAAUGGAAAAUGGUGACCUGCUCUAGUCGUGGGUGCCCUCAUGUAUCCAGCAAAUCCAACCCGUACUCAUAUUUUAGUUUGCCUAAAGAGGAGAAAAUGCUUUAGGUGUGGAAAAGAGCCAUUCCUUUUGAUUCUGAAAUCAAUAAACAUACGAGAAUAUGUCAUGUUUAUAUAAACAAAAAUAAUCAACUUUCCACAGUCCACGUAGUAGUGCGCAAAAACAAACAAAUCCGAAAACGGGCUUUGCGGAAGCUGCACUAAUUAAAAAAAAAUAAAAGUGCGCUUUGUUGCUAAAUUUCAUUUAUUAUUUAAAAAUAGUUCGAAAUGCAGGACAGAGCCGCAAAAGAUACCAAAAAAUGCACCGUUCCCUGAACAUAAAUAUAUAUAUAUUUUUCAGACUGUGAACUUAACCAGUUUUUGCUAAAAAACUGAAAACUUGAGUUCUUCCAUAAGAGCCCACGUUAAAAUUGUCAUUUCGUUUGAAGCUACACCUCUGGGAGGGGCAACUUACGCCACGCUCUGUUUCAGUACAGUACUGUUCGUCGUUCCUCCUUCCAUAGAUCUGCGACAAGCAGCUGUUCGUAUUUCGUGGUACAAAGCGCCUUCGUUGGCAAAUCUCUUACACAGCAGCGGCUCCCUACUUAUUGUUUCCUACUUAAGAGGUGCCAGGGUCUCUUACAUGGCUUUGGAUACUUAAAUUCCGCACAUACUUACACGAGAUUCCCUACUUAAAAAAACCUGUUUCAUGUAAGAAUGUUGUAAGUAGUUAAGUAGGCUCAAUAAAGGGUCUAGCCUACUUAAAAUUCAUUCGCAUACUUUUUUUUCUAUAGGGCAAUUAUAUAAUCUUUAGUAAAAAAUUCAGCAAAUGACUUCUAUCAUAUCGAAAUUUGUUGUGGUUAUAAAGAUAUAUCCAUAAAUGGGGUUCAGAAAUGAAAAAAAUAUAUCGCAUACCGCGGGAUCCGAACAUCAGACCUUCUGAGUCGUAUUCCGAUGCUUUACCACUGAGCUACACUCGAUGAUAUAUAAGUUGCAAACAUAGCUUAAUAUACUAUAGAGGUCUGUUGGGUGAUAGAAAAAUUUUAAGAAAAAUUUUUAAGAAAUGGUAUCAUUUGAUUUUACAUGCUAAAAUUCUGUAAACAAACACCACCGAUUGAUAAAAUUUUUGAAGUUCAUAGUUAUAAUUUGAAUAAAUUUAUACUAAUAUUAAUUUGAUUAAAUUAAAUAUCGUUUUCUUAGUUGAAAUAGAAAAAGAUAGAAAGAAUAAUGUUCAAUUAUCUACCGAAAAUCAUUACCUUUUUUAACAGUGCAACAUUAUAAACUUCCCGGUAUUCCUGUGAUGGAAUUUGAUGUGUUCAAAAAAAAUUGUUGGAUUUUCAGUUGACAGUUCAUGAGUAGUGUUUGAUCAUUAAAAUUCGUCAGAGUUACAAGAUACUUGCAAUUUUAACGACUUUGAUUUAGUCAACCUGCUUCACUGUGCAAGGUACUUAACUAAUAAAGAACUUAAAUGGUAUAAAAAGUACUUAAAUUUGGGAAAACGAUACUUAAUUUUGAUACAGCUUUUAAAUGUAAGUAUUAAAAAUGGGUAAAGUAUGUUUCACAAAACUUGAAUAAAGAUACUUAAAUUAAAACAUACUUAUUUCGAAUGUUUCAUACUUAAAAUGCCAUUUACCAUCUUAUUUAUAAGUGGGAUGGUAAGUGUAAGUAGCAUAACCACAUAUAAGUAUUUGCAAUUUACAGUAAGUGACUUGGAAAACUCGUUUUAAGUAAGAAAAUUGCAAAUUUAGUAGAUUUCCGACCUACUUAAUCAAUCAGUAGGAAAUUUCCUACUGAAAUACUUACAUUAAAGUAGGUUACCGCUGCUGUGUAAGUCUUUUAUUACUAUCUCUUUUUUUGUGUCCACAAUUCUCACUCCCAACACCCUAGAUCUAUUGUCUUAGCCUACUGUAACUGUGAGCAAGGCUUUCUAUGCGGUUGAGGCUAUACCAAAGGCCGUCGACUGGCGGUCUGGAAGGUUCAACCAAGCCAGGAAUACUCUGCAGGCCGUACUAGAAUUCGUCAUGGUCACCCGAUCAGUAUGGCAUAAGCAGGCCCAGUUUCCAAAAAUUAAAUUUGUAAAAAAUUAAAUCAGCUUCGUAUCCAUGCCAUACAACGAUUUUUCCUAACUUUGCUAACUUUAUAGUUGUACCUUAAUCCAGUAAAAAAUAUAACACCACGAUCGGUUCUGACAUAUUAUUUCUGUUAAUAUUCACCCUGUUUUUGGUCUUUGCUAAAUAAAUUAUUGAAAAUGGUUAAGAUAAUGUCUAGAAAAAAAAUCGAAAAAAAUAAGACAACUUGCACCAUGUCGGGGCUGAGUUGCCUCUGCCAUAGGGGUAAGUUGGCUCCAUGUAUGUCUUUUGGGGAAAAUAAUGUAUUGAUAGUGCUAGAAUUAAAAAAUUUUCAAAGAAAUCAAAAUUAUUUAAAAUUAAUUUUUGCUUCUGAGUUCUAGAGCAUAUGCCAUUAAACGAUAAAACUACAGUGGAUUUAAAGAUAAAGGUACAAUUCACUCAGGCAUCUUGCCAACUGCUGUCAAGCCAACUUGCCCCGAAAUGGAGUUGUCUUAAAAAUGUAUCUUUUUAAAUAUACUGAAGAGCACACUUUCAAGAUGUUAGUUGGGAUCGCUAGGAAAGAAACCGUCCUGCUUUGGAUAAUUCUCGCUCUAUACAAGGAUAUUAUUCCAUCCCAAAGCCUUAAAACGCAACAUGAAUUGUCGCCACAAGAGCAUUUUGAGUUGACAUCGAAUAAUUCUGAAAGAAAUCAAUUUCUUAAUCGACAUUACUUCAACAAAAAUAUAUGGGAUUAUCUAAAUGAGUUCAGUCAACCUUACACCUCACAUACAGCCAGCAGCGUCAGCUUCAAUUCCAGCCGAGACAUCGUAAAAAUGAGUCAUAAUAUAUUGCGCAAAACCAAUAAAAGGUAUUUGCACACAUACAAAAUGGAGGACGUCGUGUGUUGUCUGGAUUCUUUUCACGUUACAAAAAAUCGUCGUUUUCACAUCAGUUUUAUCGGUGACUCUCUCACUCGCAACCAGUUUACGAAUUUCAUCUCGCUCAUCCCAGAUUAUGAUAGAAAAUUAACUCAUACUACGACAAGUGGAAUGAUGCAAUCUAAAUUUCACGAAGAUAAGAGUAUAAGCAGUAAAAUUUUAGACGAUCUUCUGGUUUCUUUUCGAUGGCGGGCAAUCAUCAAUGCUGAAUUAAUUGCCGAUUUUAAGCUAUGGGCUACAUUGGAAGAUUAUCAAGUUCCCGACGUUGUAUUUAUAGGUUGCACCGCUCACAAUAUGCUGAAAAAACUAUAUAACUUGGAUGAACAAUCGUUUAAUGAAACGAUAGCACACGAUUUAUUGCCGGCACUGUCCGUUUACCUUAUGGCUCAUCCUAAAAAACAACUGUUUUGGAUUAUUCAAAAUCCCACUGAAGAUCUGUUAGGUCCCAUAGUUUUUCCUUCAUUUAAUAACAUCAUUCACGUGAAAAAGAUUCAGGAUUAUAACAACAUCGUACGUCAAAUUUUUAGUGGAACCCGGGUAGCCCUCUGGGAUUCCAUAAAUCCCGUCAUAGAGGAAAGCAUACGUGCUUGUGCUCUUCAAAACUUUCAACGAGUGGACAAUAGAGGAUACCAGCUAUGUGGCGAUUUUCUUCACUCCGGACACCAAAUAUUGUCGAUUGGAAGUCAGCUUAUUUUAAAUCACCUGUGUGAUUAAACAACCCUGUUUCCAAGUAUGGACUCCUUCGAUAGAACUGAGACAUCUCAUAAACUACCCAUUUAUUGAUCCCAGUUGAACCUCAUCUAGAGAAAUAAACUGAAGCUGGUCAAAAUCCACGAGAGACGGAGACUUAACAGAGGUAGCAACCUUUCAAUAAUGAAAGAAACUGUACAAUUUUUCUACAAAAUUGCUUUGAACGAGCACCGGAGUACCAGAGCUAACAAUCUUUAGUUUCUUAUAUUUUAACAAACCAAUUUUGGAAAUUGUCAAUUUUGAUUUUUAGAACAAAUAUUUUUUUAGGGGCGAGUGCGGCAAAUUGAAAAAAAAACUACGUAUUUGUUGUCCCUGCAACUAAAAUACUGAUUUAAUUCAGCCAAAAGUGUAAAGAAAUGUAGAAAAUUAUCUUACCUAUACAACAAUAUUGUCACGUA